GUGCCAGCUUCCUCAGCCCUGAAGUCAUGGCCCUAGGUCUCCUGUGGCUGAGCCUUGUCCUGCUAGGGGCCCUGCAGACCCAGGCCCAGGAUUCCACCCCAAACCUGAUCCCAACCCCGCCUCUGCACAGGGUCCCUCUGCAACCUGACUUCCAAAAUGAGCUGUUCCAGGGGAAAUGGUACAUCUUGGGACUGGCAGGGAAGGAAAUUCAUAAAGAAAAACACAGCCAAUUGAAGAUGUACACCAUCACCUAUGAGCUGAACGAAGACAACAGCUACAAUGUCACCUUUGUCCUGCCCUGGAUCCAGCGCUGUGACCACUGGAUCACAACUUUCCUCCCAAGUUUCCAGCCAGGCCAAUUCAACCUGGGCAACAUUGAGCGUUACCCUGGAAUCCAGAGUUACACUGUACAAGUGGUGGCCACAGACUACAACCAGGUUGCCAUGAUUUUCUUCAAGAAAGCUUACAAAAACCAGGAGUUCUUCAUGGUCACCCUCUAUGGGAGGACCAAGGAGCUGACCCAGGAGCUGAAGGAAAACUUCAUCACCUUCGCCAAAGCCCUGGGCCUCACCGAUGACCACAUCAUCUUCCCAAUCCCCAACGAUGAGUGCAUAUAUAAGUGA